GGGUUAAAUCCCAGAGACUUUUAGAGAAAUGUCUAGAACUUUCUCUACGACUUUAUAAAGUGUAGAACCACAGCGAGCCGAGAUCAUAGGAACCGCAAGAGAACGGGACAACAAUUCUGCAUGGAUUCAUUUCGAGUGGAGGUGAACUGAACUCAUCUGGACAGCCAGCUCGGACAGAAGCCGCUGUUUACCUUUUUUUUUUUGCAAGAGAAGCAACUUUAAUAAAUAACGUGCCUGAUGGUAAAAAUGGGGAAGGAUUAUUACAGUGUUUUGGGGAUUCAGAAGGGCGCAUCCGAUGAUGAAAUCAAGAAAGCAUAUCGCAAACAAGCGCUCAAAUACCAUCCGGACAAGAACAAGUCACCGGGCGCCGAGGAGAAGUUCAAGGAGAUCGCUGAAGCUUAUGACGUGUUGAGCGACCCGAAAAAGAAAGACAUAUAUGACAGAUUUGGUGAAGAAGGGCUGAAGGGAGGCAUCCCUGGCGGUGGAGGUGGUGGCGGUAAUUUCACCUACACAUUCCAAGGUGACCCUCAUGCAAUGUUUUCCGAAUUUUUCGGCGGACGGAACCCUUUCGAACACAUUUUCGGCCGCAACGGUGGCAUGGAUGAGGACAUGGAAACUGAUGACCCUUUCGCUAGUUUUGGGAUGGGUGGCAUGGGUGGUUUCCCCCGGACCUUUGGCACACGCGGUCAUGGCGGGAGACUGGAGAAAAGACAGGACCCUCCGGUGACCCAUGAACUUCGGGUCAGUCUAGAAGAAGUGUUCACUGGCUGCACAAAGAAAAUGAAAAUCUCUCGCAAGCGCCUGAAUCCCGAUGGAAGAACGACGCGCACAGAAGACAAGAUCCUUACGUUAGAAGUGAAGAAAGGAUGGAAGGAGGGAACCAAGAUUACUUUCCCCAAGGAAGGUGAUGAGACGCUGACAAAUAUCCCUGCCGAUGUAGUGUUUGUGGUGAAGGAUAAGCCACAUCCUGUGUACAGACGAGAUGGAUCGGACAUCAUUUAUCCAGCUAAAAUUUCACUCAAAGAUGCACUCUGUGGUUGCACGGUUAAUGUUCCAGCAUUGGAUGGUCGCACGUUCACAGUAACGUCUCAGGAUAUUGUCCGGCCUGGAAUGAAACGGCGUGUCACUGGGGAGGGUCUUCCCCUUCCAAAAUCACCAGAUCGCCGUGGGGACCUAAUUGUGGAAUAUGAAGUUAAAUUCCCUGAAAGGCUGAGUCAGAGUGCCAAGGACACGAUCGCAAACGUUUUGCCAGCUUCUUGAGCUGUUUUUCGAAUUAUAUUGGCGCUGUUACCAAGGGGAUUUUACUUUUUCUAUGGUUUCAAGGUAGUUCAUCAGACAUCCCAAACAAGGUAUCCCUGAUCUGGUGACCUUUUUGGAGCACUGCAUCUGUAAUGCACUGCCAUUGAGAGACUGAUCAAAAACAAAGCUAGAUUAGACUUGCUUUUUGCCUCCUUUGUUAUGUUCAUUUUGAACUUGUGUUUCCUUGGGGUCUGGAACAGCCGAAAGUCCAUGCGUUCACUUCAGCUGCGCCUCUUGGCCAGUGUUUGAAUGUGCACUACAAACUUGAGUUUACAGAGUAAGAAGUGUAUUUUCUGUUUGAAUGUAUAACUCCAAAGAAAGGAAGUCGAGAGGUUUUCUUUCUUUUCUGUAUUUCACUAAUGCUGUCUGAUGGAACUGUUUUGUGAUAUCAUUAAAAGUGAUCUACAAAUAUAAUGGUGGCCCCAAAGUUGAGGCAUUUAUAAUUAUUUUAGAGGUUUUGCAUACGUUGCUUGGAUCCACCCUCUGAGUCUGAUUUGUUUGAAAACAGCUUUUUAUUCAGAUGCGGUGUGGUCAGAAACAGGAAGUUGGAAAACAAAUACACUUUUCUUUACAUCUCAUGUUAUAAUUGUUACUCUGUGAUAAUAAAUAUGUUUUGAUGCACAAAGUAACAUUCAUUAUUAAAAGGUUGUGGGAUAUUUAAAGUGGGACAAUCACAGCUGUGUAUCUGAUUAUACCAGUAUAUGUUUUGGAGACUUAUGUUUUGAUUAUCCAAAGUAUUUAAUUUAAAAGUAUAGGAACAUAGUUUUGUUCUUGAAUCAAAAUCUUUUCCCACAUUCUACUAGAAUAGCCUGUGUUUGGCUAGUAACCUGUGUAUUAAAUAAUAGACUAAGAAUACACCAACAUUAUCUUUUUAUUGAAACUAUACUUUUGUCUUUGGUAGAAAUGCAAUUGCUAAACUUGGGAGCAUGUGAUACUGUGUGUUUUUGAGGUGAAAAUGUUUUUAUAAAGGACUAAAUGAGAAGAUUGUUUGAAAGGAAGUAAAAAUGUAUUUUAAAAUGUUA